UUUUCGCUGACUUUUCGGCUAUCGCCAUCGUCAUCAGCACAAGCAUCGGCUAUCUCUGUCCGCAGUAGUUUUUCAUUUCGUAUGCGCCGCUUCGCAGUUCGUAAUUUCUAGUGGUUACACAAACAUCGACGAAGAAGAUUUCUCUGCUUUUAUUCGCAAGACAAAAAAAAAAAAAAAAACAAAAAAGAAAAAGAACAAUUGAUUGUCGCAGCGACUGUCGACUCUUAUAGGAACCUAAUGAUCUUUUUUCUGCCAAAUCCAAGUGCAUAAAUUACUGUCGGAGUUCUGUAGGCGUCUCAGUGGACAGAAGCAGCAUAAUAAACGUGCAAGUGCAAUUUAGCGGUAAAUUUCAUACUGUGAAAAUUUGUUUGAAUUUUUUUUUUUAACUAAACAUGGAGAAAUUGGAUGCAAAUUUGGAGACUCAAUUCGAUCUAAGUCUCAUUGAGGCCGUGAAACAAAAUCCAGUUAUAUACGAUCGUUCACAUUAUAAUUACAAACAUUUUGUAAAGAAGGCGCAAACAUGGAAAAGUAUCGCAGAGCUACUUGGAGUGCCUGAACAAAAAUGUACAAAACGCUGGAAGAGUUUGCGUGAUAAAUUUGCACGCGAAAUGAAAUUGUGCCAAGAGUCGAGAUGGCGCUACUUCAAGCAAAUGCAAUUUUUGGUAGAUUCUAUAAGGCAAUAUCGGGAGUCUCUCUUGGGCAAAUGUAAUAAUGUUCAACAAGCCACCAAUCAGUUAGCACAAGUUGAUCCAAAUCAGCAGCAACAACAACAGCAGCAGCAGCAACAACAACCUCAGCAACAAGCUGUCGUGGAUGUAUUCGCACAACCAUUUAAUGGCACUGCCACAACAUCGACUCAAGCACUAGCACAUCCGCAUGGUUCACGUUUAGAAAUUACAGUUACGGGUGAUACUCAGUUAGCUGCCGCCACCAAGGAUCAGAAGCCAUACUUUUAUGAACCAGCAUUGAAACGUGAACGUACCGAAGAAGAUAAUCACGAUAAUAUGCUAAACACCAUUAAGAUUUUCCAAAAUUCCAUGACACAAGCUGUAAGCGCUGAGGAUCAGUCGUUUGGUAUGGUCGUCACUGAUAUGCUUAACACACUCGGUGUACGACAGAAGGCCGAGGCAAAGGUGCACAUUAUUAAAUAUCUUACGGAUAUGCAGUUGUUGGCACAGCAUAACAAAUAUUAAUUGGUUAAGUCGCAUGUUGCGAACGAUGAGUAAAACUAAAACUUGUGGUGUGUGGUGCAGUGUUUUGAACUACUAUUAAAUUUAAUGGUAUUGCCUACAUUCCAACGGAUAUUCGGUGUACAAUUUCAAAUUUCAGCGCGUACUUCCAAACAAGCAAAUUAACCAAAUAAAAAAAUGUAUAUUUAAAUAUUUUAAAAUGUGCCAACUGAAAGGCGACGGGAGAAUUUUAAUGGGAAAACUUUGGUUUUCCAUAAAAAAAGAUGGCGAAUUUAUUUGUAAGAUAUAUGAUUGCAUUACGAAAGGUAUGCCAUUACGUGGCUUUCUUGCACCAUAUUAAAGCAAAUGAAAUGUAAAUUCAUAAUUUUUAACACUUGAACAGAUGUAUCUAACAUUUAUAAACUUUUGUUUAGCCUACAGCAACUGGCAUUACUUGGUCGAACUGAAGUAGUAAGGCAUGUGGAAAUAUCUAAAUUAGGUUUAUUAGUUGUAAAAAUUAAUAUGCAUUAAACUUAUUUUUAAUAAAAUUAUAUAUGUAUAUAUACAUACAUACAAA